CACUGGUCAAAAUAUUAUUUGAGUUUAGAGAGCCAAAUUGUGUUAUUUUACUUCUUCGUUGGAAUAUAAUUUAAGGUUGGCAACUCUGCAUCAACUAGAGACGUAGAAUGUCCUAUUCUAAAAAACGAUAAUUUAUCAAUUAUAUUAUAGUCACCACAAUAAUUGUUUAAAAAAAAUGUUGCUAUUAAAACAAAUGCUUGUAUGGAACGAAGAGUCGAUUUCUUGAUUCUAAACAUAAGUGUUGUUGCCUUCUUAUUAGAUCAGAUAUAGGUCAUCAGUUUUGUAAACCAUAAGUAUGUUAUGUUGUAAUAUAAACCGUAUAUAAAUUCAGUAAUCGCUUUUUUUUAUAGAAUAUUAUAUAAUUAACAAUAUCGUUCUUUUUGACAUCCCUAAAUUUAUUACAGUGUCCAAAGUUAAAUUUUGCUCAAUAUUUUUUUUUAUUUAAAGUUUAAUUUAUUUCUAAUAACCCCUAAUUGUGAACUUCAAUUCAUUUGUACUAUACUUACACAAUUUUGUGAAUAAUAUUAUAUAUUGUGAACAAUAUAUGUUAUAAAAUAUAUGUAAUAAUAAAGAAAGUUAAGAAAUAUGAAAGAACCCAUUGAGCCAAGCAGAGAAGAUUGUUGUAACAGUGGUUGCAAUCCAUGUAUAUUUGAUAUAUAUGAAAAACAAUUAGCGGCUUAUAAAAAUUAUCAAGAAACAGGCGAGAAAUCUGAUGACAUAUAUGAUAACACCUGCAAUGCCAUCUCACAGUUGGAAUACACAUCAUUCAUUGUUACGUCAAAUACUGAAAUAUGUCUUGAACAUAAUCUCAUUUUGUUUAAAAUAAAAAAUAAUGUGGAUAAUUUAAAAGUAUUAUGGAAUCCAGGAGAUCAUUUACUUGUGAAAUGUAGUACUGGGCCAUGCACCAGAGCAUAUACCCCUGUAAAAUUAAAACUAAUAAACCAAGAGUAUUUUGAUUUCUCUGUAAUAGUGAAACGAUAUACAUCAGGCAUAGUUUCAAAUUAUUUAUGUGAUUUAAAAUCUGGAGAUGAAACUUUAUGGCGAGGUCCAUAUGGUUGCUAUGAAAUAACUCCUAAUAAAUUUAGUAGAAUUAUAAUGGUUGCUCAAGGCACUGGCAUAUUGCCUUUUAUUUCUAUUAUCCAACAAAUUUUAUGUGAUGAAGAUGACUUGACAAAAUUAGUACUGUAUUAUUGCUGCCAAAGUAUAGAUUGUGUACUGUUCAGAGAUAAUCUUUAUUCAUAUAAGUCUUAUUGGAAUUUUACAUAUCAAAUAUUCAUGAAUAAUGUACGGGAAGAGGCCUGUUACAAGUAUCAGGAACCAAUUACAUGUCAUAAAUUGCAAUUUGAUGAUGUAAUUAAACUAAAACCAUUUUCAAUUAACGAUCAGUUUUUGAUAUGUGGUUCACCAGAGUUCAUGAAAUACUAUGAAAAAUUUCUAAGAGAUAAAAAUGGCUUUAUGGGAAAUAUUGUUUUAUUUUAAAUGUAACUCAUACUGAUCUUCAUCUGAUGUCUUGAUAAACUACUUUUGUGCAACUAUGAGACUGUUUUUACUGGCA